CGCAGACACUCGUCCCAGCCCCGCUCGGCUGCCGGAGUGGAGCAGCAGCGAGCGGGAAGGCGUCCGGAGCCGGCCGUGGCAGCCGUGCCGGCGGGGGGAAGGCUCCCCGCAGCCCGGGGGGUCCCCCCAGCAGGGCCGGGGACACGGGGGGACACCCUGCCAUGGCCUUCACCAUGCUGCGCCCUGUGGCCACCCGCAUGCUGUACCCCGACCUCAGCAUCCUCUCGGAGGACGAGGAGAACCGCAGCGAGAGCGACACGUCGGACCAGUCUUUUGGCUGCUGUGAGGGUGCCGAGACCCGCCGCAAGCUGCCGCGCAAACCGGGGCCCAUGGUGAUGGUGAAGCAGAGGCAGGCGGCCAACGCGCGGGAGCGGGACCGGACCCAGAGCGUCAACACGGCCUUCACCGCCCUGCGGACCCUCAUCCCCACCGAGCCCGUGGACCGCAAGCUGUCCAAGAUCGAGACCCUCCGCCUGGCUUCCAGCUACAUCUCCCACCUGGCCAAUGUGCUGCUGCUGGGCGAGGGCUGCGAGGACGGGCAGCCGUGCUUCAGCGCAAUCUACGGCGCCAAGGGCGACCUGGACGGCAAGCAGCCCCGCAGCAUCUGCACCUUCUGCCUCAGCAACCAGCGGAAAGGGGGCAGCCGGAGGGACCUCGGGGGCAACUGCCUGAAGGUGCGGGGGGUGACCCCGCUGCGAGUGUCACGGAGAUGAGCCGGGGUCCGGCAGCACCCGCCUGAGACAGCAGCAGAGCCAGUGGAGCCCACGCACGCCAGCCCCAGAGACCGCAGUGGGGAGGGAGGGAGCUGCUGGCCCCAGAUGGUGGCAGCCGAGCCCCGGGCUGUGGGCUAGGACCGCACUGACACCAGCCAUGGGGCUGGCAGCGGGGCGGGAGGAUGCUCCCGUGGCCAGUGCUGCCCGCAAAAGGCACGGCCAGGGAGGGGGUCCCUGCACCCCGGGGCUGGACUGGAAGGGGCCCGUGUGCGGCCGGCGUCGAGGUGCUUAGGGGGGACGGUGUCGCGGCCCCGUGGGCGCUGGUUGUGCACGUGCAGCCGCUUGGAAAAUAAACCUUAUUUUUCUGA